AUGCCACCGCCGAGCCGCAUAUUCCCCAAGGUAUCGAAGCUGCGCGCGAUCAAUCACCCCCCCGCGGCCAAAGUCGAUUUUCGCAAUGGGAAACCUCUACCAAAGCAAUCUGCUGCUCCUCCACAGCUAGCGCCUCAGCCAUAUCCAGUUUAUCCCUCAGGAGCAUCAGGAGCAUACGGUCCGAGCCUCGCGCGCAGGCGGCUUUUUCCACAUCUUCGCGAUGCUUUCGCCAGCUUCCGCCAGCGCUGCAGAAGCCUCCCUCAACCGAUCCAAUUAUCAUUCCGAACCUUUGUACUCAUGUUGCCAGCUAUCCCGAUCGGCCUUUUCAUCCACGAAAAUGUGUUCCGAUUAGUGAAAGUCAACGGUCCGUCAAUGACGCCGUACCUGAACGAGGAUUAUGACCUGAUGCAUACUCGGGCCGAUACGGUGCUUGUAAAGCUAUGGUCCAAGCAUCAAUGGAUACCAUGGAAAGAUGGCCGAAGAAUAGAGAGAGGAAUGGUGGUAAUAUUUAGAUCACCUGCCAAUCCAUUCCGCUUAGCUGUGAAGCGCAUCGUUGGUCUUCCCGGUGACCGUGUCACCCAUCGCGACUUCCCCGAGAACGACUCGUACCUCGUCCCCUGGAAUCAUAUUUGGGUGGAAGGUGAUGCGGCGGAUCCGCACCGCUCGAUGGACAGCAAUACUUACGGUCCGAUAUCCAUUAGUUUGAUUGAGGGUGUGGUUGUUGCGGUGCUGGGCCCACGCAUGCGCUGGCUAGAUUGGAAAAGCUGGGAAUCUGGCGACGUGGAUGAUGCCGGGCCAAAUGGUCGAUUGGGCCCGAAUUAUCGCCAGAGUAUGCGGAAUCGCGUACUAAAGGACGCCGUCAAGUUGGAACGACCCCCUGAGUGGUAA